AUGUCCAAGCGUGGCCUCUCUCGCGAGGAGAAGCGUACUCGACUGGUUGAGAUCUUCCACGAGAGUGCCGAGUUCUACACACUCAAAGAGCUCGAGAAGAUUGCGCCGAAGCAGAAGGGGAUCGUCCAGCAGAGUGUCAAGGAAAUCCUCGACGAGCUCGUUUCAGACGGCCUCGUCACCUUCGACAAGAUUGGAACGAGCAACUACUUCUGGGCGUUUCCCAGCACGGCAGGAGCCACUAAACAAGCCGCGUUGGACAAGGCAAACGCCGAGGCUGAGGCUGUUGAAGCAUCCAUCGUCUCCACCCAGGCGCUCAUCAAGGCCGCCGCCAAGGGUCGUGAGGAUACACCCGAUCGCCAGAAGCUCCUCGCCAAGCUCACGAUGAUACGCGAGGAGAGCGACAAGCUCAAGAGUGAGCUUGGUGCUUACGGCGCCGCAGACCCCGUCCGCUACGCGCGCAAGAAGGAUGCUACUGAGAUCGCCAAAGCCGCUGCCCAGCGUUGGACAGAGAAUACAAUGAUCCUCUGGAGCCUGGCCAAGAACGCCGCUCCCGACUGGGACGAGUCGGGCAUGCGCUCGACACUCGGCAUCAAUGAGACGUGGGAGGACAUUUAG